UCUAGUCGCACACACAAAUGAGAUGUUAAUAAAGUGUUGAAUGUGGAAGAAGACGUGGAAAUUGAGUCUUAAAGUGUCGAAGUGGUACACAUACACACACGAUUAUAUUUACGCGUAAAAGAAACGCUAAACGACUAGUUUUGGCAAGCUCUAGUGAUUGACAUUUGGAGCUCGAAAUUUCCAGAUCACUAUUUGAGAAUGAUUUAAGGCCUCCAAUUGCAAAAAUCGCUUAUUUUUUUGAGCGAUCGCGCCUAGGCCGGUGUUUUCAAGCCCGUUGAGUGUAUAUUUGGACAGAAAAAACUUAUCUCAGGCAUUCAAUAAGUCAAGCAAUUUUUUAAUACAAAUUAUAAGUGUUUUGAGCAAAAAUCGCCAAGAGUCUCUUCCCCGUCUCGAUACCUUGGUAUUCAACGAAGAUGUUUCACUGGUCAUUGAUCGUCAGCUUGUUGGGUUUGCUGACAGCUGCGCUGGGCGCCUAUUGUGGCUGGUUCCUGUUCCCCAACAUGGUCGAUAAGAAGGUGGAAGAGAGCGUAAUUAUUGCUGAUGGCUCUGAACAAUACAAGCGAUUCGUUCAACUCCCGCAGCCGUUGACCUUCAAAGUGUAUAUUUUCAACGUGACCAACGCGCAUAAGAUACAACAAGGCGCCAUACCAAUUGUGGAAGAGAUCGGACCCUAUGUAUACAGACAAUAUCGGCGCAAGAAAGUGAAGCACUUUUCACGUGAUGGUUCUAAGAUCAGCUAUGUGCAGGAUCAGCACUUUGAAUUUGACGAAGAAGCUUCAGCACCUUACACGCAAUCCGAUCACAUUGUUGUGCUCAAUAUGCAUAUGAAUGCGUUUUUACAAGUGUUCGAAAGAGAAAUAACUGAUAUAUUUCAGGGUUUUGCGAAUAGAUUAAACCAUAGGCUCAACCGUACGCCAGGCGUGCGUGUAUUGAAACGUCUGAUGGAGCGCAUACGUGGGAAACCACCCUAUAAAUGGAUGUACAAUAUUUUCAACGAAAUAUUCAAGCAAGUAAAAUCGGUGCUGACGAUCGCCGAGAAUGAUCCGGGCUUGUCGCUGUUGCUGGUGCACUUGAAUGCCAAUCUGAAGGCCGUCUUUAACGAUCCCAAAUCGAUGUUUCUCGACACCACCGUGCGUGAGUUCCUCUUCGAUGGUGUGCGCUUCUGUAUUAACACGAACGGUAUUGCGAAAGCGAUUUGUAAUCAAAUCAAAGAGGGCGGCUCCAAGACGAUACGUGAACUGAGCGACGGCAGUUUGGCAUUCUCAUUCUUCAAUCACAAAAAUGGCACUGGCAAUGAAGUGUACGAAGUGCACACGGGCAAAGGCGAUGCACAGCGUGUGCUCGAAAUUCAGAAACUCGACGAUUCACACAAUCUUCAGGUGUGGCUGAAUGGUUCCGAGGGCGAAACUUCUAUGUGCAAUCAAAUCAAUGGCACCGAUGCUUCCUCGUAUCCGCCCUUCCGCAAACGUGGCGAUUCUAUGUACAUUUUUAGUGCGGAUAUUUGUCGUUCGGUGCAGUUAUUCUAUCAAAGUGAUAUACAGUAUCAGGGCAUACCCGGUUUUCGCUAUUCGAUCGGUGAGAAUUUCAUCAACGAUAUUGGUCCGGAGCACGACAAUGAGUGCUUCUGUGUUGACAAGCUGGCGAAUGUGAUUAAACGAAAGAAUGGCUGCCUAUAUGCGGGCGCGCUAGAUCUGACGACCUGCUUAGAUGCACCGGUUAUAUUAACAUUGCCGCAUAUGUUGGGCGCCUCCAAUGAGUACACAAAAAUGAUACGCGGACUGCGGCCGGACGCGAAGAAGCAUCAAACAUUCGUGGAUGUACAGCACCUCACCGGUACACCGUUACAAGGCGGCAAACGCGUGCAGUUCAACAUGUUCUUGAAGAGCAUCAACCGCAUCUCAAUAACGGAAAAUUUAACAACGGUACUAAUGCCCGCCAUUUGGGUUGAGGAGGGUAUUCAACUCAACAGCGAAAUGGUCGCCUUUUUCAAAAAGAAACUUAUCAACUCGCUCAAAACGCUCAAUAUCAUUCAUUGGGCGUCGAUUUGCGGUGGCAUUGGCGUGGCCGCUAUAUGUCUGAUAUAUUAUGUAAUACAACGUCGAAAGCCGGAAGCGGAAGUGGCACCGCUAAAAUAAGUAUUUCUAGAGAACUGUUGAGGUUUAUUAAACAAGCGAUAUUUUACUAACAAAAUUAUGUUUGUUAUUGUGCACAUACAUACAUAUUUAAUUUAAUUUUAUAUAACUUUUAAAUUAUA